UAAGCAUUAAGGCUUUAAUAGCAAACAAACUGCUUUCUUUGCCUAAUGGUACAUCUCCUGUAUCUCCAUGAUGUGGACAGUCUUCAGCCUGGUUCUCGUCAGCUCCCUUCUUAUAAUAAAAAGUGAAGCACUGCAGUGUUACACCUGCGUAGGUUCUAGCGAUGAAGACUGUAACAGACAAGGAACGCAGCAAUGUCCGGGGCACUCAGAUGCGUGCGCGGUCAUUAGAGGACAAGCAAGCGGCGUUAUGAAGUCCUGCUCGUUCAGCUCGUUCUGCGAGCGGGCAAAGAGGGACGGAUCCAGAGCACCCGGAGUGAGCGUCCAGUGCUGCUACACCAACAACUGCAACGCAAAAAGCCUGGGCUCCAGAGUCAGCGCCUCCACGAGCUACUUCUCUCUCCUCCUCUUGUCCUUGUGCUGGCACCCCUUGCUGAAGCUGACAUGAGGGGGAAAAACAAGAUCCUGAAGCAACAAGUCUGCCUUUUUAGAGAAGGGU